UUCUUCUUUUAUCCGUCCAGUUUGUGAAACAAGAAAAAUGAUAAGUAGAAUGAAAGAUUUAUUAUUACAAAUGAACGUUCCCGUUGUCUAAAGUCUACACGCGAUAUUACUCGACAUUUUUUUUGUUCGAGUAAUCGCUAUAAUACUAAUUCAAAGAUUCGAUCGUUUGAAAUCUUUCGAUAUUAUACCCAGUACGAUUUGUGCUACUAGAAAUUCAUCGGUUAUUAUAAUACUCCCUGGUGUUGUUAGCAAUGGCGUCGAACGUUACUACUACGUCCAGGGAAGAUUAUUUCAUCGGGGACGUCGUUGGGUUAAUUAAUGUACGUCGUGUAAAAGAAUCGUUGUUUUCGUCAUCGUCAUCGUCGUCAUUGUCGUCGUCGUUGUCGUCAUCGUCAUCGUCGUCGUCGUCGUCGUCAUCGUCGUUGUUGUUGUUGUUGUCAUCGUCAUCGUCAACGUCGUUCACGUGAGAAGAAGACGAGAUGUUGUUACCUGAUAGGUGCAGUUACGAGGAGUCGCGACGACGUAAACGACGACGAGGAAGAGAAGAAGUAGACCAUCGUCGUGACUCGAUCUGAUCAACAGUGUACUUUUUCUUUUUAUUUAUUUGUUUUUAUUAUUAUUAUUAUUAUUAUCAUCAUCAUUAUUAUGAUUAUCGUUGGUUGUUAUUCUCAAACACAUAAAAUUUCUCUUCGUAUCCUUUAUCCUCCUUUUUCAUCUUCAUCUUCUUAUUUUUACUCUUCUUUAAUUUUCAAUCAUUCAAAUUUUUAAUUGUCAUGUUAAAUCACGAUGUGUGAUAAGAAUUUCUAAAAAAAAAAAGUAUCGAUCGUAAAUCCAAGGAAAAGUGAUAUAUACCGAUGUGUUCUCAAGUUAAAAGAAAACGCGUCUACCUAGUUUGUUUGUUGUGAGUGCAAUAAAAAAAAAAGAUGAUUUAUCGAAAUAGAGAAGAUUUUUUGAUGUUUGGAUAAGUCGCGGUAAAGACGCGAUGGUUCGAUUUGUGCAAUCGAGGAAAGUUAAGAGAAAGAAGUGAUAUUGUAUAGUGUGAAAGACAAAAGGUUAGAAAUAAAAAAAAAAAGCAAAGAGAUAUAGGCUUCAAAAGCCAGUGCAAUACAAGGAUAAAAGAAAUCAAGGUUCUAAAAGGGUAGAACCCGCGAACGAGCGGGAUAAACUAUUCAACCUGGCGGACCAAGAAGAAAGUGGCUCGGCUGCGAUGCAGGGCAAGGAAAGCCCCGUCGGGUCCAACACCCAGGAGACUCAUCAGUAUGUCGGCCCUUAUCGCCUUGAAAAGACCUUGGGUAAAGGGCAGACCGGAUUGGUCAAACUGGGCGUUCACUGCGUGUUGGGCAAAAAGGUGGCGAUCAAGAUCAUCAACCGUGAAAAAUUGUCGGAGUCCGUGUUGAUGAAAGUUGAACGCGAAAUCGCCAUUAUGAAGCUAAUUGAUCAUCCCCACGUUCUCGGCCUUUCCGAUGUGUACGAGAAUAAGAAAUAUCUAUACCUUGUACUGGAACACGUAUCAGGUGGAGAGCUCUUCGAUUAUCUGGUUAAGAAGGGUAGAUUAACGCCGAAAGAGGCCAGAAGGUUUUUUCGACAAAUCAUUUCCGCAUUAGACUUUUGCCAUAGCCAUAGCAUAUGUCAUAGAGAUUUAAAGCCUGAAAAUUUGUUAUUGGACGAGAAGAAUAAUAUUAAAAUAGCGGACUUUGGAAUGGCGUCGUUGCAGCCAGCAGGUUCGAUGUUGGAAACAAGCUGUGGUUCGCCUCAUUAUGCUUGUCCCGAAGUAAUCAGAGGUGAAAAAUACGAUGGUAGAAAAGCAGACGUAUGGUCUUGCGGUGUUAUACUUUAUGCACUUUUAGUUGGAGCGUUACCUUUCGACGACGAUAAUUUAAGAAAAUUAUUAGAGAAAGUUAAACGUGGUGUGUUUUACAUACCACACUUCGUACCACCAGAAUGUCAGAAUUUACUUCGAGGAAUGAUAGAGGUUGAUCCGGAUAAAAGAUUAACGUCAUAACACGGAGAAAGUGAUCUACUUUCUCUUGUUGGAAAGAAAACGAAGAAGACCGGCAUGCGAGGACGAACUGGAAGUAAUGAGAAGUGGUGUAAGAGGAUCCGGGGGACAAUUGGAAGCCGAUCCACCAAGGAAACGUGUGGACACGUGUCGUGUUAACGGUAGUACGGCACUAAAUCUUGGACAAAUUAGUCAUGGUUCACCUUUAACACCAAGAAGACAAUCGAGUACGAGGCAUCACGCAAGACGUUCACCUAGUACCGGAUGUCACACGCAUGCAUCUCACUCUCACGCAUCGACACCUGGUGGUUCACCGUUACACGUACCAAACGUGCCAGGUCUUCUGAGUCCACACAGAUCGGUGCCAAGUUCUCACAUAAGUCAAACGAGUGGUAGUCCUCAUCGACUUUCGGCGGUAAGCACUACUACUGGUGGAAACGGUAAUUCCCCGAGUCAAGGGGUGCCCACACCAACUCCGGCCCUGGCCAAUGUCGGGAUCGAAUUGAACGAUGUUCAACCUGUGGUAGCAGUUGGUGUUACACCACCAGGUUCGCCACACACUGGUGCAGGUUCCGGUGCUUAUCAUUGGAGAUCACGAUUAACCACCUUGAAGAAUUCAUUCCUAGGUAGUCCCAGAUUCCAUCGUCGUAAACUACUAACCAGUACGGAAGAGGUUCAUCUCACACCAGAUUCCUCACCAGAAUUAACGAAAAAAUCCUGGUUUGGUAGUCUUAUGACGACAGAAAAGGACGAAAAUUUUACGGUUCUUGUUAAAGGAAAACCAUUAGCGAGCGUGAAAGCUGAUUUGAUUCACGCAUUUUUGUCGAUAGCUGAACUAUCUCACAGUGUGUGUUCACCAAUGGCAUUCAGAGUAGAAUAUAAAAAGGGUAGCACGGCACCUGCUAUGUUUCAAAGGCAGGUUAAAUUUCAAGUUGACAUCAGUGGUAUCACAAAACAGCCUAACGAGCCAUUGUUCGCCAUUACUUUUACGUUAUUAAGUGGAAAUAUUCGAAGAUUUAGGAGGGUCUGCGAGCACAUACAAUCCCAAAUAUGUACUAGAAACGUUGGUUUGAAUUUAAGCGGACAAACAAGAGCAGUACCAUCAAGUCCAAGGGCAUCACGAAAAUUUGCCAUGGAAAUGAGCGAAAGUUCUAGUUGUGGAAGCGAUACCAGCGAAAGACUUUUUCUCAAUCCUCAUCCAGCUACCAGACAGGUAGUCUGUUUCAACAAGAUCGACUCGGACAUGGAAUCGGACACAUCGGUAUUCGAUGUGAAAUCUCCUACCCAAGAAAAUGGCCGUAGAAGUUCUACGUCUACCAACAACAACAAUCCUUUACCUGGUGACACGAAUCCAACCCCAGGUAGUCCACCUAAAGCUGUACGCAGUAAUUCGGAGAGUCAAAAUACACCGGAAAAAAAGUGCGUCACUACGAUGAGCGGUAACAACAUAGCGUGAUACUAUCAGAACUUCCGUUUCGAAUUUCAAUCGAGUCUGAAAAAUAUCUGGGACAGUGCUCAGAGAUUUUGGUGAAAUUUCAUAAAGGAUUGGACAACAAUUGGAUAUUAUUAUUAUACAAGAAUAAGAAAGAAGGGAAGAUAAAACAUAACAAAAAAGUUACCGAGAAAAAGA